AUGUUGUUCUCCAUCACCAAAGCCGUCUUCGCCACCCUUGCCCUCGGUGUCGCCAUGACCUCCGCUGCUCCCACCCCGACGAACGCUGUCUCCAGGCGCACGAAUGCUACUGGCGUUGACGCCGUGAAGACCCACGCAGCUAAUGUUAAGAGCGGUUGCGACCAUCUCAGCGGUCUCUCUCCCAAGGAGGCGGCUGAUCCCACCAUGGUUACCACCAUUGUCGUCUCAAUUAACGCAGAGCUCGAAGCCGUGAAGAGCGCAUGCCAGGGCUCCUCCUCCGGCGACUCCAGCGACCUUAUCGAUAUCAUGGUAGACCUCGUGGCUGAAAUCACCAGCGCCGUCAACAAGUGCAAGGAGACGUCAAAGAAUGACCCCACUAUAAUUGCCAUCCUCGCCAAGAUCGAUAUCUCACUCAGUGGAUUACUCACGGCCAUCACAAACCUCGUCUCCACCCUUCUCAAUGACAUUGAUAACCUCCUUAGUGGACUCCUCGGCGGUGGGGUUACCGACUCUCUCUGGGGCUGUGGGUUCAAGAAGUCGUACAACGUCUUGGUGCACAUCGGGCUCAGCAUCGGGAUCAACCUCUAA